UGACAGCCGUGGUCACUGCGUUCACUUUCACUGUAUGGAAAAUGGCGCUUAGGGCUAUUCACAUAGAAUGAAACGCAGUGUAGUUGAAUGAAAAAAAAUCUAGCGACGCAUUAUUUUUUUUUUUUUUUACUUGAGCGCUGGGCUUUUAACUGUAUCAAUAGGCUUCAAUAGGCGCGAGACUCCAGCGAUUAAAACAAAUUUAAACAGGACAUGAGGGUGAGGAUUUUUAUUGUUGGGUGAACAAUUUCUUUAAACAGUAAUUUCACAAAUACAGCAUACACAUUGUUUGCCAUGUCAUACAAAUUUUAGUGUAUGUAUUUAUAAACAAACACAUUUUCACUAUGAUAAUGUACUAAUAAUUCUAUCAAACUUUGAUUACCAAUUCUUUCAGGCAAAUUAUGAGGCUACCUGUCUUCCCCAACCUCAUUUCUCUCUCUCCGAUCAGAGGUAAGAAGCUUGCUGGUUGAAGCUCAGUACAGCACAACCCAAUCUGACUAAUCUGAUUAACUUAAAAUGGACUCCUAUCAAUCAUGAGCUAGCGUGACAUACACUCACACACACACACACAAGCAGGCCUAGUGCUUGUAAAAUCAGACAGUUACUUUUUCCAGUCAGCAACAAGUUAAAAGUGUAGGGCAGGAGCCAGUCAUGACCGACCAAAAGCCUUCAAGGGUUGUGUCCCCUCCACCUCUUGACACCAUUAUGACCUUGAUCAAGACACUUGUGGUGCUAUGAUAGUAAAUUAAGUAAUAAAACGUCUAUUUUACAAAUGGACAUUUACAAUUUUAAAUUAGUUUGUAUACUUAAAAAUAAUCACAGUACUAACCCUCAUGCCAUUCACUGACUUUUUUAUUGUGGUCUAAUGAGGUACAGAAUUAAAUUUAAAUUGCUGUGAAAAUCAUUUGCUUGACUUGCUUGACAGCUAUGGUCACUGCAUUCACUUUCACAUAAAUUAGUUUGUAUACUUCUGUAUAAAGGUCUGAAGACUGCUCCAGUCCUAGAGGACUGCUCAAGGAUGUAAUCUUCACAGGCGUUGAAUGACCUCUCCCUCUCUGUUGUUUCAUAAGUCUCCAUCCUUUCAUUUCAUUAUUUUGAAUGCUGCUUCUUGUAAUAACAGCUUGGUUACUUUACCUUUCUUUCCAGUUUUCUCCAGAAGGCCUUUAAUCACUUCUACGCCUGACCUGGGAAUACCAGACUAAAAUGUAGCUUUUAUGUCAAUAGUGUAAUAGGGUUGUGCUAUAGGACACAAUGUCACAAUGAACAAAGAGGUAUCGUGGCUUAGGGCUUCCUAGGAACCUGAAAUCUCCUUUCACCUGUUGGGCACUCCUAGCCAAGCUUAUAAACUCAAGAAAGAUCAAGAAGAAAGGAGGAGGAGCAGAAAAAAAUAAGGGACACACUGACACUUGAGAUUUUUUAAUGUGACAUGAGGACGUGUUAUACUAAUGGUUUAACACCAUCAUCUAAAACCUUGUGCAGAAGUCUGGUGCACUGUUAAAAAUAAUUUGUUGAGUCAACUUAAAUAAUUUGUUACCUGGCUGCCUUAAAAUUUUAAGUUCAGUCAACUCCAAAAAAGUUUAUUUAACUUGAAAUGUUAAGUUAUGCUAAGUGACAACUUAGAUAUUUGAGUUGAUUCAACUUAAAAUUUUAAGGCAGCUGGGUUACUUACCCAGGUUUUAAGUUUAACAAACACAAAUAUCUAAGUUAUCAGUUAGUACAACUUAACAUUUCAAGUUGACUAAACUUAAACAUUUUGCUCCAAAAGAAGUUAAUAAUAAGGAUUGAGACUCUAGGUAUGUCAGUAGCUUUAUAAAAUCUGUUUAUUCUACCUUAACAGCCAAAUGCUGCUCAUUUAUUUCUGUUACUAUUAUCUGACACUCAAUAUAGGAAUAAUUAAUCAAGGCUGACUGUGAGUAGUACAGCCAUUUUGGGUGUCCAAGACGACUACCAUAUUGGCCAGUGAAACAUAAACAAAAAUUACAGAGUGCACCUGAGGAAACAAGAUGGAGCAGGACAGUACAAGUACAAUCUGUAACGUUUGUUGGCUCAGUGCUGAUCCUACACAGACAGUGGGAUCAAAUCCUCAGCUCAAUUAGAAACCAUCAUACAACCUAUCUGGUGUACUGUAAUGUCUAUCACAGUAUUGCAUUAAAAUACCAUUUAUAGUAGAGUCCAUCUACAGAUAGACUUUAAACAAAAAUAAAUAAAUAAAUAAAAAUAUCUAAUGCCUAAUAUUAUUAUUAUGUUAUUAUUUCUACUUCACAUUGUCAGUCACUGUCUAAAUGUUACUGGGCCACAAGCUCAUAUGUACAGUGAGGAGAGAAAAUGCCUUUUGCCAUGCAUGUGUGGAUUAGAGGCUAAAGAGGGUUAAAAAGUCACCGCAUGAAUUCCCGGCCUGCCCCUCCUUUCUCUUCUGCUCGUUCCUUGUCUUUCGCAGUCUCCCUCUCUCUUUGUAAAUCUGUCUAUUCCCAGUAAUACCCAGGACUCAGAGAGACUCUUGUUCCAGUGGCUUCCCCCCAUUAGGCUCUCCAGAUUGGGGCAGGACUGGGACAGGGACAGGGCCUGCAACCUCCAGGGGCCAAAAACCAAAAAUCAACUCUUCAUUUUAAAAAGAGAAAGGUGGAUUUCUACAUCAAUUUUUUUAUACAAUUUUUUCAAAGACGACGAUAACCUUUUUUAAAAGCUUUUCCAUCGAUUUUGACAUGGAAUAUCUGUCUUUUCUCCACCUUCAGUUUGGACUUUUACAUUUUUAAUUUGGAUUUUUGUCUUUUUACUAUUUCCUCUCUGGGAGUGCAGUUCUGGUCCCCCUCUGGUUCUUCUGAGACUCUCUGUGUUCUAAUGGGACGAGCACACAUCAUGGCUCUUAAUUAGCCUCACUUACCAGACAGUGAUGGCUGGUUAUUGUGCAAUAGUUUUGGGCUAGUGCCCCUCAGUGGGUAGAACCCAAAUCGAGAGCUGGCUGUUCAGCCAUUAUACUGUCGCUAUCAAAAUAUUCACCAAAUCCAGCACAACAUCUGCCAGUGCCACCUGUUUUUUCAUUGUCCCUGACAAUUAACAGUAAAACAAAAUUAAAAUGGAUGACCACAGAAACUCUAGCUUUCUUUGCCAGUCCCACCACCCACGAUGGCAACAGUCUUCUGCUGGAAAGAGACGACGAAAGCAAACCUCAAAGCAAAAAGCAGACAACACCAAUGGACCAUCAGGUCCAGUGUCUUCGACCCCAGUGCUCCGCAGUCGCAGCUGGUGGGGGAACUGUUUUCUCCUUCCUCUAGUCAUGCUAUCUUACUUGCCCUGUGAGGCCUGGGGCACCACCUUCAAAAUCGCCAUCGUAGGACCAUGGUCGUGCGACCCGAUGUACUCCAAAGCCCUGCCGGACCUGGCUGCACGAUUAGCCAUGACUCGAAUAAACAAAGACCCCGACCUCAACAAGGGCUACUGGUAUGACUACACACUAAUUAAUGAGGAUUGCUCGAGUUCCAAAGCAUUGGCACGCUUUGCCGAACUGGAGGGCUAUGGUUCGGCUUUGCUUGGACCGGCAAACCCUGGCUACUGCACUGCUGCUGCACUGCUGGCAAAGAAUUGGAACAAGGGCAUCCUGUCCUGGGCUUGCCUGAAGGCUGAUAUGGAUGAGGGAAUGUAUCCCACUUUUCUACGGCCGCUCCCAUUGUCUUCUCGUGUGCUCUUCUCGGUGCUGCGCUUUUUCCGCUGGGCACAUGUUGGGAUUAUAACAGCAGAGAAUGACAUGUGGGAAGCUACUGGGCAUGAACUUGCAGCAUCCCUGCGUGCUCUUGGCCUGCCAGUUGGUGUGGUUGUUACCAUGGCAAAGGACAAGGAAGGGCCACGGCAAGCCCUGAAGACAAUACGGGAGACUGAUCGAGUGAGGGCUGUCAUCAUGUGCAUGCACUCUGUCCUGAUUGGUGGAGAGGAACAGUAUCAGUUACUAACCACAGCAAUGGACAUGAGAAUGAUUGACCGAGGGUACAUCUUCAUUCCAUAUGACACACUCCUGUAUUCACUGCCAUAUAAAAAUGUGAACUACCCUAUCCUGGCCAAUGACACCAAACUGCGACGAGCGUAUGAUGGGGUAUUGACAAUAACCAUGGACCAAGGGGAACAAAACUUCUAUGAGGCCUUUAGUGCAGCGCAGGAAUCCUAUGACAUCCGUACAAGCACACCACCUGAAGAGGUUUCGCCAUUCUUUGGGACCAUCUAUAAUAUGCUGUAUUAUACUGCCAUGGCUGCAGAGCAGAGUCGAGUUGCAAGUGGAGGGCGCUGGGUAUCGGGUGAUGUGCUGGUUAAAAACGAGGGCGGAUUUGAAUUCAGUGGCUUUAACCAGCAGAUAUCGGCAGGUACUGAUGGAGAAGGAAUGCAGGCCCGCUACGCUGUCCUGGAUACAGAUGGCUCUGGGUCCAGCCUACACCGCACGCACGCCCUGGAAGCACCACACACAUAUGGGAAAUAUGGAGGGUUGAAGUACUUGGGGAAAUCGAUUCAUUUUGCUGGAGCGUCUCCGAGCACUGACUCAAACUGUUGGUUCAGUCCUUAUGUCGCUUGUAGUGGAGGCUUGGAUGGAGUGACCUUUUUCUUCCUCCUCCUUUUGUUCUGUGUGUUGGUAGGUGGAGGAGGUGUAGGUUUUCUCCAUAUAAGGAAACAUGGGAUGGGGAUAUUUGGAGCAUUUGGUGGAGGAGGAGCUGGAAGCCCUACUAAGAUAAUACUGACACUGGAUGACUUGGUCUUCAUCAACACCACACUCAGCAGGAGGAAGCUGAAUGACGAUAGUAUGGUGAAGAGUCAACUGGAUGUUAAAACCCCUCGCCACUCAGUUUCAGGUCGCAGUUACAUUACGUCAACUCCUGAAACGUCCAACGUUGCUGUAUUUGAGGGUGACUGGGUCUGGCUGAAGAAAUGCCCCUGUGGAGAUUCUGUUUCAGAAAUCACUGACAGCACACAGGCCAUCUUUAUCAAGCUGAGAGACAUGCGUCAUGAGAAUCUGAACCUGUUUCUGGGUCUGUUCUUGGAUACUGGCAUAUUUGGCAUUGUUACUGAGCACUGCACCAGAGGCAGCCUGGAAGAUCUGCUCAACAACGAGGAAAUGAGACUGGACUGGAUGUUCAAAUCAUCCCUUCUCCUUGACCUGAUCAGGGGAAUGAAGUACUUGCAUAAUCGUGGGAUUAUUCACGGACGCCUGAAGUCAAGGAACUGUGUGGUAGAUGGUCGGUUUGUUCUGAAGGUUACGGAUUAUGGCUUCAAUGAAAUCAUCAACUGUCAAAACAUCAUCCUGGAGGACACCAAACCGGAGGAUCAGUUUUGGACAGCUCCAGAGAUCCUGCGCAAUCCUAAACUGAAUAAGAAGGGCACGUUUCCAGCUGAUGUAUACAGCUUUGCUAUUAUCAUGCAGGAGGUGAUCUCUCGCUGUGCACCCUUCUGCAUGUUGGAUAUGCCUCCUGAAGAAAUCAUAGAUAAGGUGCGCUCUCCUCCACCGCUGUGCCGACCCACUGUGUCUGUGGAUGAAGCGCCGCUGGAAGUGAUUCAGAUCAUGAAACAGGCCUGGAGUGAGGAGCCUGACAAGAGACUCACAUUUGAGGAGAUCUUCAGACAGUUUAAGAAUGUGAACAAAGGAAAGAAGACAAAUAUAAUUGACUCAAUGUUAAGAAUGCUGGAGCAGUACUCCUCAAACCUGGAGGAUCUUAUCCGAGAGAGGACUGAAGAACUAGAGGUAGAGCGUCAGAAAACUGAUGCUCUUCUAGCUCAGAUGCUGCCCAAAUCUGUGGCCUUGGCGUUAAAGACAGGGAAGCCAGUGAAGCCGGAGCACUUUUCAGAUGUCACACUGUAUUUCAGUGAUAUUGUGGGUUUUACCACCAUCUCUGCUCUGAGUGAACCUAUCGAAGUGGUCGAUUUGCUUAACGACCUCUACACACUCUUUGAUGGAAUCAUCGCAAUCCACGAUGUCUACAAGGUAGAGACUAUUGGUGAUGCAUACAUGGUGGCAUCAGGAGUUCCAAACCGUAAUGGGAACCGCCACGCAGCAGAGAUGGCUAACAUGUCUCUGGACAUUCUACACUGCAUCGGUACAUUUAAAAUGACGCACAUGCCUGACGUCAAAGUCAAAAUCCGCAUUGGACUCCAUUCUGGUCCAGUGGUAGCGGGUGUAGUUGGGUUGAAGAUGCCUCGGUACUGUCUGUUCGGGGACACAGUAAACACAGCCUCCCGAAUGGAAUCCACAGGGUUGCCUUACAGAAUUCAUGUCAACAAGAGUACUGUUGAUGUCCUGAACAGCCUCAAACUUGGCUACAAAAUAGAUGUUAGGGGCAGGACAGAGCUUAAGGGUAAAGGUGUAGAAGAAACAUACUGGUUGGUUGGAAGAGAAGGAUUUAACAAGCCACUACCUGUACCGCCAGACCUUACUCCUGGGGCGAGCAACCAUGGUAUCAGCUUGGAUGAGAUUCCGAUGGACAGGCGGCAGAAAUUCCUGGAUCGACAGAAGAAGAUGGGGAAUUGAGGUUCUGAUGCUCAUGUUUCUGCACCAGCCUAUCGAAUUUAGGAGAAAGUGGGGCAAGGGGAUGAAAGGGGUGGAUUGAGGUGUUCACCCCCUCGACUACCCUUUUCUACUUGAUUCAUUCCUAAAAAAAGAGUGGAAAAGCUCACUAGGACAUCUGACGAGAAGCAAAAACACUUGAACUCUGAAUGCCAGUCCAUAAAAACCAUCAGCUCAAGAAGACGGCAUGCGCCAACUGCUAUGGAUGGUCACAGAGGACUUUUUUAAAUCUAUAUAGAGUUUAUACCGCAGUUCAUCCAAUACUAAAUUAAAGACACUGCUGAGAUAACAGUUCUUCAAGACCAGAAAAUGAGAACAGCAGAACGCCUCAUCUCUGCAGUUAUGCGAUCCCUCCAGUUACUCCACUUGUGCAAAGAGAUUUUGUUCUUAUUUCGAUAUUUGUGCAACAAAAACAAGCAAAAACAGCUAACUGAUGGUGCUUGUUUAUAAUGGCACCUGCAAUUUAGUUAUAAUUCAGUGGGAAUAACGCCAAUAAUAUCCAUGUAUUGAAAUUAUUUAUAAUACCGUGUUGAUUUUAUAUGAUAGGAAUAUCAGGCUUUAAAUACUAGGUGUUAGUUCAAAAAGAACUUGUUCACAUUCUUCACAUUUUCUUUUUGAAAAUGCUUUCAUUCUGUUAAUUCCACGUGGCACAGUUUGGCCUUUCUAGAAGGUGAAAUGCAUUCAGAGCAGUUUUCACGGCCAAGCAAACCAGAGAUUUUAUGACAGACAAUUAUUUGGUCUCAUUUGAGUUGCUUAACUCCAUUGUCCUCUCUGAGUUAAGAAUAAGAGAUACAAAAAAAAGGAAACUCGUGAGCUGAGACUGAAAUUGUCAGCUUUAUAAUAGCAUGACACAUGAUCCUGAUAUUAGGCACAUUCCAUGCAUAAUAUCCUGAUGUCAAACCCUGUCUGUUACUAAAGAGAAAACACAUCAGAGAUUCAUCCAAAGAUUUUUUUCAGCACUACUUUGCCUGCUCAUACUCAGCAAAUGUAUGUGCCCUCUAAAAGGGGUAUUACACUACAUGACAGAGGGAAUUUCAAAGGUGUGGUCUGGAUAUCUUCAUUAAGAUAGGAGGGUUCUGGCGCCCGUGGCUGUCCAGGAUGACGUUCUGUCACCUGAUACUAAACCACAGUCUGGGGAGCUACAGUUGCAGCAGGAUGUAGCUGAAUUUCAAUUGCAAUCUCACCAUUUUAUCUUGUCGUUUGUGAUUGUGUAAAUAAAAGCUGGUUUU